UGUGUGUGUGUGUGUGUGUGUGUGUGUGUGUGUGUGUGUGCAGGCACGCAGAGGGAUGUGUCUUCCUCUCUGUGCUACACAAUCGUCUUCAGCCAGGCCCUGAAACGCAUCCAACCUUGCUGCCGAGUGGGGGUUUUUUUUAGCCAGCUGCAAGGGUCCUCAAGAUGUUUGUCUGGGCGCUGCUUCUGUGCCUGCCCACAGCCUGGCUGGCCAGUGCAGGCACCUGCCAGGGACCAUCGCUCAUCCCAGGUAUCCCUGGAAUGCCCGGGACACCAGGCACCAAUGGCCGAGAUGGAGAGAACGGGCGAAAGGGCGAAAAAGGUCCUCCUGGGUGGGUUGAAGACUUCAGAGAUGUUGGGGAGAAAGGGGAACCUGGGGAGGCCGGCUAUCCAGGGAAAGUUGGCCCCAGAGGCCCAGCAGGUUCUAAAGGGCCCCCCGGACUCCCCGGACCCCCAGGUCCUAAAGGAGAGUCUGGUGACUACAAGACCUCCCUCAAAUCGGCCUUCUCGGCAGCCAGGGGCAUCUCCGGUUUGCCUCGACGUGGCCAGUCCAUCCGAUUCGAACGGGUGAUCGCCAACGUCAACAAUAACUACGAGAACCGCUACGGCCGUUUCACCUGUCAGAUCCCCGGCCUGUAUUACUUCACCUAUCACAUCACCUCCCGGAACAACUUGUGCAUCCACCUCAAGAAGGGCCGAAGCAACCGCGGGGAGAAGGUGGUGGGCUUCUGCGACUACGUGUACAACGCCUUCCAGGUCACCACGGGCGGCGUGGUGCUGAACGUGCAGGAAGGCGAAUCCGUCUGGCUCGAGCCCACCGAGAAGAACUCCGUGAUCGGCACGGAAGGGGCUGACAGCAUCUUCUCUGGCUUCCUGCUCUUCCCCUCGGGGUGAGAGGAUCCCAGAGGAAGCUUCCGGCUUGCUUUCUGCCAGAUUCGGCCAUCUGGACGCUGCCAGCCCGGGAUGGUACUCAAGGUCUUUGAACUGUGUUGCCUGCCUCCCUCACUGUCCGUACCCACAAGCCCUCCAUCCUCAUCCACAGCUCUGUGCAACUAUCUGCCAAAGAAAUAAAUAAUUCUUUCUGCCUUGA